UUUGCACAUAAAAUAAAAUGGAUAUCACAGAUAAAUUUUUUGAUGCAGCUGGAAUGUCUUAAUUGAAAUAGAGUGUAUAUGAAAAAGAAUCUGAUUAUUUUAAUAGUUACACACAAUAGAUAGUAAAUAAAUUAGCAUAAUUUUCUAGUAUACUAUGGUGAUUACAAUAAUCUAAUUUAUGAAUAUACAAAAGGAAAAAUACAUAGCAAAAUCAAAUUUAUAUGGACAUACUUACUCUGAUAAGGAGAGAGAUGAUUUUGAUCACGAAGUUUAGACAAAAAUAAAUUUAUGUUCUGAAAAAAUAAAAGGAAUUUAAGAUAUGCUUAAACUAUCAAAAACAAAGACAGAAUAUGCUCAUAAAGAAAUAGUAUUAGGAUGUUUAAUAUGUGAACUAAAUAAGGGUAUUCUUAUAUUUAAAGAGUUCAAAUUAUAUAGAUAAAGAUAAAAGGAAAGAAUUUUAUAAUUAACAAAAUUGAGUAAAGUAAAUUUAAAGAUUGAAGAGAAAAAAAGUUAGAUGGCAGAAUCAGAUGUAAGCUAAAAAUAAAAAGAUGAUCCACUUUUUUAAGAGAAUUAAUAAUUGUUAAAGAAAUAUAAUAAUGAAAUAAAAGAGAUUUUAAGUAUUCAAUAAUAGAUUAGAGACAUAUCUUCAUCAUUAUAAAGAAUGUAAGAGAUAAUAGCUCAUUAAGAGAAAUUAACAGAGGAAAUAUUAAUAGAAGCGAAUGAGAGUUUAUUAAAUAUAGAGAAAGCAAAUAAACAUUUAAUAAAUGCAAAAAAAAUGAAUGAAUAAUUUGGGAAGAGAUGGGGUUUACUGUUUUUUUCAAUGGGAAUAAUAUUAUUAUUUUAUGAUUAUAUAAAUGCUUGA